AUGUCUGCCGAACAGGAGUAUCAAAUUCAUCCGGUUGUCCCGGAUUCGGUUGUUCACAACUCUAAGGCUCUGUCCAAUCUUCAAAGCCUCACUGCGUCGUUGUUUGGUGUUGCCGCCGGUAUACUUGGUCUCGAAUCCUACACCGGCUUUCUCGUCUACAUCAUUUUGUCAAUCAUAACCUCAUUGAUGUUCUAUGGUUUCCAGGUCGCACCAGAGUCAUUGAAAGAGGGUCGGUCGCUCCUGAGCACAGAACGAUAUUUUACCAGCGCCUUGGAUUUCUGGACAAGUGGAAUUUUCAAUGGCCUCCCGGGCUUUAUCUUGACAUGGACGCUAUUCUAUGGUUUGGUGCGAGUUUGA